GCUACGGGGAAACUACGGGCGUCAGAAGCAGAGACCGCAGCGUUUGCAGAUUUUACAUGUCAGAUCGAAGUGGAAGGGGAGAAAGAUGGGCACCGACUUAGACGGAUAAAGGAUGGGGACACGAAAUGGAGGCACGGGGGAUAAAUAUAAACCAUUUUUUAAUGAAAAGUUUUUACACUGAAAUCUGGAGCAACGACCCGCGGAGACUGCAGGUGUGACUUGCAUCAGAUCGAACGUACAAGUUCAUUUAAUUUCAUGAUUUCCUCAAGGAGAGAGGACGAACACGGGUAUAGCGACAAUCUGCUAAAAUCCACCAGCGUUUCGGUGUGAGUAGCUACAAGAAAAGGAUGUGCACCAAUCCGAAGUGAUGAAAAAGAAAACGAAUGAGCAGAACUGUGUUGCCGAUGCGAUCUGUCGGUGUUAUUUGUCUGGGUUGAGGAUUGAUCAGUUCCUCCAUCACCCUCCCCUUCCCGGUGUCUGUGGAUAAUGGAGAGUGCAAAUGGCUCGAACGGCGAAAUCAAGCAGCAGAACCACCAGUUGGAGAAGAAACGCGUGAACCGAGCACCUUCCCCAGCGAGACCGGUCCUCAAGGAUAUCCACUCCCGCGCGUCAGCCAAACCACCAGGAAUAGCACCUAAAUCUCCCAAACUGUCGAGCAAGCAGCAACAGCCAUCGGCAGGACUCCAGGCUGCUCAAAGCCGUGUCUCCCGGCGCAACGUUUCUGGAGCAAAAGAAAGGCCAACUCCGGCGAAAAGUAAUGCCAAGUCCGUGACAACCAAAAAGCCAGCUAAGGUCACCCAGAAUGCAACAUCUGAACAGAAAGUCGCCUGUAAACAAGUAGAUGCGAGUCAAAACGCCACCAAAGGGAAAAAGGGUAAAAUUCCCUGUGUAGCGGAGUCCACUCAUGGGUCCCCUCUCUGUGUGCCAACAGAUGCCUGUCUCGGCAGGGUCAACCACACGGACAGCAGCUCGGAUUUGUCCGACUGUCCCUCCGAGCCGCUGUCCGAUGAACAAAGGUGCGCACAGGCAGCGAGCAGCGAUGCGGAGUCCGGAACCGGCUCUGGGUCUAGCGACCGGGACCAGCUGGUUGGGGGGGAUAAUUCGCUGCAGGGAGCAUCAUCUUUAGAACCCACCGGAGGAACUCACCCUCUACCGCGCAUUGUUGAACCAUGCGCCAUGUCAUCGGCGAAAGAGAGUGUGCCCCGUGGUCUGCUCACGCAAGGACAUUGCAGCACAGAGGAACCACUGGGGAAAUCUAAACCUGAUCCCAAACUGGGGAAAUCAAGUGCACCGGCACAUCAUAUUUUGAAAGGCAACAAAGACGUAAAUGAAGAGGAUUUGUUAAGGGAAAUUGAGGACCUUCGUUCGGAAAAUGACUACCUCAAGGACGAGGUGGAGGAGCUGCGGGCGGAGAUGGAGGAGGUGCGGGACAGUUACCUGGAGGAGGAGGUGUACCAGCUGCAGGAGCUGCGGCGCGAGCUGGACCGGGCCAACAAGAACUGCCGCAUCCUGCAGUACCGGCUGCGCAAGGCCGAGCAGAAGAGCUUGAAGGUGGCGCAGACGGGGCAGGUGGACGGCGAGCUGGUGCGCAGCCUGGAGCAGGACCUGAAGGUUGCCAAAGAUGUCUCCGUGCGCCUGCACAAUGAGCUGGAGAGCGUGGAGGACAAGCGCACCCGGGCGGAGGACGAGAACGAGCUCCUGCGUCAGAAGAUCAUCGAGGUGGAGAUCUCCAGGCAGGCACUGCACAACGAGAUCGAGAGGCUGAAGGAGAGCUCCACAAAGAGAAGGGUAGGCAGAGAAAUACACAAAGAAAAGAAGUCCACUACCCAGGAGGACAGCGCGGACCUCAGGUGCCAGCUCCAGUUUGCCAAAGAGGAGUCAGCCCUCAUGCGCAAGAAGAUGGCCAAGCUGGGCCGGGAGAAGGACGAGCUGGAGCAGGAGCUGCAAAAGUACAAGUGCAUGUACGGCGACGUGGACAGCGCCGUGCCGACCGGCGAGUGCGGGGGCCCGCCGAGCACGCGGGAGGCGGAGCUGAAGCUGCGGCUCAAACUGGUGGAGGAGGAGGCCAACAUCCUGGGCAGGAAGAUCGUGGAGCUGGAGGUGGAGAACCGCGGGCUGAGGGCGGAGAACGAGGACAUCCGCUGCCAGUACGAGAAGGACUGCCUGGGGAGGGAGCCCCUCUCCAGCGUCCCCACCUCCCCGUACGGCGACGGCCUGGAGUCGGCGGCCGAGCUGCGGCGCCACCUACAGUUCGUGGAGGAGGAAGCGGAGCUCCUGCGGCGCUCCAUAUCGGAGAUCGAGGACCACAACAAGCAGCUGACCACCGAGCUCAACCGCUUUAAGUUUGGGCCGGGCCAGGAGACGGGGUGGGCGCAGGAGGAUGGGUCAGCCAGGCCUGGGGGCGGGAAUGGGAACAGCAACGGUGGCGGGUGUUGCCUGAGCCCGGGGGCGGGGCCGCUGCAGGAGGAGCUGAAGGCCGCCCGCCAGCAGAUCAACGAGCUGAGCGGGAAGGUGCUGAAGCUCCAGUAUGAGAACCGCGUCCUCCUCUCCAAUGUGCAGCGCUACGACCUGGCGUCCCACCUGGGCCUGCAAGCAGCGGGCUUCAGGGAGGGCGACGCAGAGAGCGACGGGGGGAAGAAGGAGGGCGAGGGCGAAGAGGCGGGGUGCCCGCCGCCCCCGCAGCCCAGGAGGGAGGGGCCGGUGGGCGGGGAGAGCGACUCCGAGGACCACUUCGAGAGGACUUCGGGGCUCGGCAGCAGGAGGCCGUCCGAGGUCAGCGGGUUCUACUCGGCCGAGCUCGCCUGGCCGAAGAAAGAGGACGCGGAGACCUUCGUCAACGUGAAGCGCGAGGCGGAGCGCCUGGGCAAGACCGUGGACCGCCUCAUCACAGACACCGACAGCCUGAUCUACGACGGCAAGCUGCUGGUGACGGGCGGCGAGCCCCUGACAGAGGAGGUGAGGGGGAGCGGGGACGCAUGCGAGGGCAAGGCCGAAUCCCAGGUGCUGGAUGCCAUCAACACCCGCAUGAAGGCCUUCAGGACAGAGCUGCGCGUCUUCAUGGAGAAGGUGGACCACCUCGGGGAGGGCCUCGGGGAGCACGUGGAGGACCUCUCGCCCAUGCCCAACCUGACCGAGUCCACCAGCUUCCUGUCCGGGGUCACCUCCAUGUCGCACGACUCACCUGUCACACCCCUGAGAAGGGACCUCAUGACUGACUUCCAGUCCGGUCUGAGGGAUGAACCGGAGUGGCGUCUAGGACAGGAUCAUGCCGUGGAGCCCGAGACCCAGCGAGGUCACCAGGGCACUGACCAGGGCAGGGGAGCCGAUGGACACAGUAAAUACAGCAGGCCAGAGGGUUUAAGUGUGGAGCUCCGGGACGCCCCUCUUCCUGAGGUCAGUGGCCUGGCGAGGGAGGUUCAGGCCCAGCUGGAGCAGAGGAGACAGCGGCAGGAGGAGCACAGGGGCCACUCCGGCUGUGUGGUGCAGGAGCAGGCCUGGCCGCAGGAGAGGGCGCUGCUGCAGCAGGAGAUGCGCCUCUUCCGCCACAGCACCUUCCUGCUGUACGUCAAGCUCAGGUGGCUGCUGAGGCACUGGAGGCAGCGGCUCGGGGCGGACGAGGGCGAGGAGGACGGCCUUCCGGAGUAUGAGAGAUUGGACAGCACUGGGCUGGGCUGUCCAGAGCUGGGUCUUCUAAUGGAGCAAGUGGAGGGAGACAGAGAGGACAGGCCCUGCUUUCAGCACAGUGCGGGAGCCAGCCCCGAUCAGGGAGCCCUUCCUCAGAGUCCUGAGCCUCUCCAACAUCAGAGACAGGUCAGUGAGACCCGGCGCGUGCUGCAGGGCCUGCGAGUGCUGCUGGAGGAGUUCCGCCUGGAGCUCCGGGACGAGGAGCAGCGCCGCAGCCAGCUGCAGCAGACCUACGCCAAUGAGAAGGCUGCCUGGGAGGUGCAGUGGGCGGAGCUAAAGAGCAAAGCACAGCAGCUGGAGCCGAGCGGGGAUCCAAAGUGGGAUGACCUGAAGGAGGCGAUCAGGCGGGAGCGGGAGGAGCACCAGCGGCUCCUGGCGGAGAACCACAGCGCCACCUUGGACCUGCACUGGAAGCUGCAGCACGGCGAGAGGAGGUGGAGCCGGGAGAGGACGGAGCUGCUGGAGCGCUUCGAACGAGAGAGGCAGGACUGGGACUGGCAGAUGAGGGAGCUGCACCACAGCAUUGAGAAGCUGCAGAGGGAAGGGAAGAUUCGGGCCCCACUAGAGCUGAAGGAGGAAGACUGCGGGGCGUUGUCUCCCCAAAGUAGCCCUCGUGCUGUUGAGUGCCCCAGGUCUCCCCGUGCCAGCGCCCCCGCCCCGGUCCGGUCCCUCUCGGACUCGGAGGCCCCCCUGGACGAUCAGCCCGCAAUGAUGAGGCUGAAGGCCAGCGAGAGUUUCCGAGCCACGGAGAACCUGUUCCUGGAUGCCUUGUCUCUGGACCCCCUGAGUGACAGCAACGUCCUCCCUCCGUCCCGCCUGGAGAGCGAAAAGAGGUUCCCGUGUUUAAACGAGGCUCUGAAUGAAAUAUCAGACCAAAAGGGCCCGUUGACAUAUCACGAUGAAGAGAUCCGUAGUGGGAGCCUCCUCAGGGCAAAAUCGGUGUGCUCCAUGAGUGAGUUCCAGCGUUUGAUGGACAGCUCUCCGUACCUCCCUGAGAAAGGCAUGCACGGGAGCAGUGGGAGGGAUGAGGUGACUCCGCCCUUGUCACCAGAUGACCUGAAGUACAUUGAGGAGUUCAACAGCAAGCGCUGGGACUUCCCCAGCCCGAGCGGGCCACCGGAGGCUCUCCGGGAGGCCUGGGCGGAGAGGCCUGAGGGCAGGAGAGCAGAGCAGACUUCAGAACCAUUCCAGCCAGACUCAUGGUACCUCACCACAAGCGCCACCAUCACCACCAACACGCUGAGCAGCCCCGAGCACUGCCAGAAGCAGGCCCCGGGGAGCAGCGUAGGGGCGGACCACUACGGGGUCCGAGUCUUCCGCAGCCCCUCACGCAACUGCAAGAUUGACAGCUCGGGCCUCCCCCUUGGCGACGGGGGUCCUGCAGUGGAGCCUGAGCUAAUGUUCUCGUUGACCAAAGCUAAAGGAGGCAGUACCAAAGGAGGGGCGGACGAGGUGUUCGGGGGCUGGCCCAGGGAACUCCCAAAAAACCACAAGGAGCUCCUCGACGGCGGGCCCCGCCUGAUCGAGCCCUCCAUCUGCCCCACGGUGGGGUUCUCCUCGUCCCUGCAUGGGCUCCAGCUGUCGAGGAACCUGAGCGACGACAUGAAGGAGGUGGCCUUCUCGGUGAGGAACGCCAUCCGCUCCACCCCGGUCGAGCGCCACUUCAAGGACACCGCGUGCCAGACCAACAGCUUCACCACCAGGGGGACCCAGACCACCCAGACCAUCAGCGUGGGCCUCCAAACGGAGGCCCUUAGAAACCUCACCAGCAGUCCCCACAAGUGCUUGACCCCCAAAGGGGGCUCCACGCCCAUCUCCUCCCCGUCCCGCAACAUGAGGAAAAUGCCCUUCUCCCCUGUCGUGCAGAGCAAGUUUGAGCGCCAAUGCUGCUCUCCGAAAUACGGCUCCCCAAAGCUCCAGCGAAGAAUCCCCUCCAAGGCCGACCUGUCUGGCGGCAAGGCGGCCCCCCCAGCGCCACCCCAGAAGGGACACAGCGAAUCCGCUUGGGCUCGGUCCACCACCACCCGGGACAGCCCCGUUCACACCACCAUCAACGACGGGCUCUCCAGCCUCUUCAACAUAAUCGACCACACGCCGCUGGCCCACGAUGCCUUGCCAAAGUUCGCCAGGUCCCCCAGCCGUUGCCACCCCACCGAGGCCAGGCCCGCCGAGAACAGGCUGCCUGGCCUGAGUGUGGCUCAGGAGUUUUCCAAGAAUGUCGGGGGCAGGCCCCCUAGUCCCGUUCAGCUGAUUGUAGAGACACAGGGGGAGAAGACCCCAGAGGUCGUGAGCAUUAGGCAGGACCUGUCAGCUCCUCCAGGCUACAACCUUGCUGAAAAUGCUGCCAGGAUUCUAAAUAAGAGACUAUCAGAGCAAACCUUCAGGGAUGAAAAAAGGCUGCCCUCUGUCAGCCAAGCCAGCUUCAGCAAAGACGGACGCGUGAGUGAAGGAGAUAAACCUCUGCAGGGAUCCAUUGAGAACCACACUGUCUUACUAACUGCUCCCUGGGGACUCUAAACCUGCUUGUCCCACUGCUGAACUGCCACGUUCCCCUGUCGCUCCACCGCUGGAUUCUUGCUUUUUGAGACCUGCCCGACCAGCCAAUCAGCGCCCGC